GCCGUCUGCCUUGUUGGGACCAUCGAUGUUGUGACUUUUGGCGAGUCAGCCUCUAAUUUCAAGCGAUUGCGGGGAAUAUUCAGCGUCGUUUUCUGCUUGUUGACAUUGUUAACGUCUUUUAACCUGACAGCCAGCGCUCGCUUUCGCCGUGCGGACGCUUCAGACGGCAGAAGUGAAGGAACUCUUGUAUACAAACAAAACGCAGCGAGCUGCUUUUUUUUAAGGUGGCACACCGAAGAACAGCUGCAACUAGGCUCGUCCCCGUUACCCGUCCGUUAACUUCAGCUAACUUCGCGUUGGCCGCGCUGUCAGAGAUGGAAACGACCAUACAGCUUCGUUAGGAGUCCAACUCCGAAACUUAUGCGUGCGAACAUGAGAGAAGAAGACAGCUUGUUGUCAGGAAGGCAGCCCAUGGCAAGUGAAAGAGGGGGUGAACAUCCCUGCUGCUGCCUCUACUUCGCAGAGGAGAAAGGAGCACUUGCUAACACGACGGGUGACCUGAGGCCUCCUGGUCAUUUGUCCAGGUCUUAGUAGUAUAAAAAUCAGACUUUGGCACAAUAUGGAGACGGUGGGGAAAUUCGAGUUCAGUCGGAAGGACCUGAUAGGACAUGGCGCAUUUGCUGUCGUCUUCAAAGGCAGGCACCGAGAGAAACAUGAUUGGGAGGUGGCAGUAAAAUGCAUAAACAAGAAGAACCUGGCUAAAUCCCAGACACUGUUGGGGAAGGAGAUCAAAAUACUCAAGGAACUGAAACAUGAAAACAUUGUUGCAUUACUGGACUUUCAGGAAACUGCCAGCUCAGUGUACCUGGUAAUGGAGUACUGCAAUGGGGGUGACCUUGCUGACUACUUACACUCCAAAGGCACCCUCAGUGAGGAUACUAUCCGGGUUUUCCUGCAGCAGAUUGCAGGGGCCAUGAAGGUCCUACACGCCAAAGGCAUAAUCCACAGGGAUCUCAAACCCCAGAACAUUCUGCUGUCCUACCCACCGGGACGCAAGUCGCACUCCAACAACACCUGCAUCAAGAUAGCGGACUUCGGCUUUGCCAGGUACCUUCAGAACAACAUGAUGGCAGCAACACUCUGUGGGUCCCCUAUGUACAUGGCUCCUGAGGUCAUUAUGUCCCAAAACUAUGAUGCCAAGGCUGACUUGUGGAGUAUAGGAACCAUAGUGUUUCAGUGCCUGACUGGAAAGGCUCCUUUUCAGGCUAGCAGUCCCCAGGACCUCCGGCUGUUCUAUGAAAAAAACAAGAAUCUCAGCCCCAACAUCCCCAGAGAGACUUCAAGCCAUUUGAGGCAACUGCUGCUGGGUCUGCUGCAGCGCAACCACAAGGACCGCAUGGACUUUGAUGAGUUUUUUUGUCAUCCUUUCCUGGAGGCUAGCUCAUCAAUGAAAAAGACUACUCCUACUGUGACCAUGACCUGCUUCCCAAGCUCUGCAUCAGCCAGCUCUUGUAGCAGCUCCUCCACUUCUCAUCUCGCCUCACCACCGCAGUCUCUUGCUGAGGUUCAGCAUUUGCGUGCCAAAGCUCUGGCCUCUCCUACACAGGAGGCCACCGGUUUUCUCCUCAAGGACUCGUCUGGAGGGGGUGGCAGCAGCAAGAACUCCUCCUCCUGUGACACAGAUGACUUUGUCAUGGUGCCUGCUCACUUCACCAGUUUUACAGCAGGUGAGCUGACAUGUGAGAGUAAAGUGCUGCAGGACAGCCUGAUGAACAGUGGCUCUCUUCUGGCUUCUACUGGUCUUUAUAGCCAAGCCAAAACACCACCGCCCUCACCUUCCUGUAGUGGCUCUCCAAGUCCUGUCAGGCCAAGUGAGUUCUCGGGAAGUAACUAUGGAAACCAUGGUCAUUCAUUGCCCAUCCCGGUCCCCACUCAGGUCCAGAACUACCAGCGCAUGGAGCAGAACCUCCAUUCAACCAAACAGGAUGGCUCACCACGGCUGUCGACACCGGUGCGCCGUUGCAGCAGUGGAAGCUCGUUGGGCUUUGCUCGGACCGGGCCGUCGCCACCCUGCGGGCAGGGAGCAGUUACCACCACGCGCAGGCUCUCCCUGGGAGGUGGCAGAACUUUCCAGCUCUCGCCUCAAGCUCCUCAGCACCCUGAACCCCGGCUGACUUCUCAGCAACACCCACAGACGACAGGACUAGGUACACGUCUCCACAGUGCCCCCUGUCUGUUGGAGUGCGUCAGUGGUGGCAGCAGGCAGAAGAUCAAGAAGCAGCACUCGGACCCGGUGGUUGCCCCCUCGUCAGGCCUGAUGACUGUCCGCCCCCUACACUCUUCCCCCAGACUGAGUGAACUGAUGCAGCGCAGCCCCCUUCCCACCAUCCUGGGCUCCCCCUCCAGGACCAUCCCUCCAUUUGAAUUCCCUAAGCCUCCCAGCUCUCCGAACCUUGUGACCUUCCUUACACAGCAGGGUUUGGUCAUAGGCUCUCCUUGCAGCAGGACUGCCCCAACAGAGCCCAGAGAGCCAGGACAACAAGCACCUGCACAGGUCACCCAGCCUGGGCACUGCAUUCACAGAAUGAGUGAUACCAAGAGCUUUGGAAGGUCUCAGAGUGCUGGUCUUUUGUCUGACAUGCUGCUAAUGGCUGCGUUUGGACCAGGUGGACCUGUGGGUGAACGAGGCAGCACAGAGAACCUGACGUCUGAAAAAGCCAUAGAAAUAACAGUGCCCCCCAGUGGUGGUGCAUGCCUUCCUCCUGGAUCCAGCAGCCCAGCCCAGGUGGUUUUCACUGUGGGCUCUCCUCCCAGUGGCAGCACCCCUCCUCAUACCUCCAGGCAGAGGAAGUACUCAGGCUCGUUCACUUCAGUCAGCCCUGCAGGCUCCUUCACCAGCCGGCACCCCCAGACAGGCACCUAUCUUGAUGGCUUUGAGGCACCUUCUAGUCCUCGUUACAGUUUCACUGAUCCCAUCACAGCCAACAUGGGAGGUCCUGUAACCUUUGAAGCUCCUGAGCUGCCUGAGGAGACACUGAUGGAGCAGGAGCAUACAGACACUGUGCAAAGCUUGCGUUUCACAUUGGAUUUUGCCUGUUGUCUGAUGGAGGUGGCUGGAGCCCGUGGUGCUGUAGUGGUGGGGGAGCAGGUGGACAUUUCUCAUCCCUCCCUCCUUCAGCAGCAGAGCCUGGUAGCAGAUCAGAUAAGUUCACUGAGCCGAGAGUGGAGUCAUGCAGAACAGCUGGUUCUCUACCUUAAGACUGCGGAACUCUUGUCCACUGCCUUACACACAGCCAUGGAGCGAGUUAAACAGGGCAAACUCUACCCAUCCGCUACUGUCAAACAAGUAGUGAGGAAGCUGAAUGAACUGUACAAAUCCAGUGUGGCGUCCUGUCGCUCACUCAGCACUCGUCUGGAGCGCUUUUUUUCCAGGAAGCACCGUUUAAUGGACCAAAUCACCUCCAUCACAGCAGAGCGGCUGCUGUUCAGCCACACUGUGCAGAUGGUUCAGGCUGCUGCGCUGGACGAGAUGUUCCACCAGGGGGAAGCAUCGGUCCUCCGCUACCAUAAAGCUCUGCUGCUGAUGGAGGGCUUGUCUCUGCUGCUCACUGAACAGGAUGACAUCCUCAGUGUUAGCAAAUGUAAGGAGUGCAUUGAACGCCGCCUCACAGCUUUGCAGUCAGGACUCUGUGUUUGAGAAUCCUACACUGCUUCCUGGCGUGUGGAUAUGAUGUCAGUCAACUGCACCCUGCACACCCACGAACCAAAUCUGUACCCACAUUACAUGGUUUUCAGUUAGACAUGCCUCCGUUUUCACUAGAAAACCACAAGAUUUCACUUUUCACUUCACAACCUCCACUGUUUGUGCUCUUUGAAAAGCUUGCCAUUCAUGCCAAGUUUUGAACAGCUGGAGUGACUUCAACCAACACUAACCUUGGACCGGUGUUGGACAUGAAGCACUUGCACUGUAAAAGAAUGUCCACGCUUUUGUCCAUGUGAGAGGACUUUGCUCUUGGCACUGAACAUGUUUUUUUUUUUGUUUUGGUAAGAAGAUUUGCCUCACUAGUUGUAAGUUGUAACACAUGCAGGAGCAAUUAUUGCCAAGUAGUCACAUACCCACAUACAGUACUUGUCUAAAUAGAAAUGCAUAGCAUCGUAAGAUGGACAAAUCUACAUGCUACAAAUUUGCAAAAGGCAAAUCUAGAGACAAAAUGUUAUCUUUUACCAAGAACCGUAGCUGGAGGGAAAGUACAGUCUUUGCUGUACACCUACGUAAGGACUUUUGCUGAUGAAGACUGGGAAUGGCCAAGUAUCGUUCUCAUCAUAUGUACGUUUGUCUUAUAUCCUUUGUUUGCUUUGCUGGGCUUAUCUUUUCUGGUUUUUAUCUGAUUGUUACUUGCUUGCUGAAGGGAAGUAUAUAUAGCGUUGUUACACUUGGUCGCCAGAAGCACAUACAAGCACUAUUACAAAACUGCUGCCAAAAUAACUUAAAAAAAAAUUUAGUUUUAUUUUCACGUUAUGUUUUAUCUUAGAGUCACUGUGGAUAACUGCUGGCUUGGGGUAAAAAAAAUCCUUGUGUUUGACACUUUACUGAUUCUAUACUUGCUCAAUGUCAAAGACCAAGUCCCCUCAAUGAAACAUUAGCUCCGUUUAUACAACAUGUUAAAGGUGGGAGUGUUGCACCUUUAUUCCGCCUCACCGUUCUGUAUAAAACGUAGGAACACGGGAUGAGGGUGGGUUGUUUUGCUCCAGCAUUAAGCCGACAGCAGAUGUAGUCACAGAGCUGGAUUGAUGUCUAUGUAGAAGACGGGUAUGGUGGGACAAAUGCAGAUGCGGUUGUGUUACAUUUCAUGCCUCUGAUUCCAGAAUGCCAGCAUGCAGUCUAAAAUCACACAGUGGGGGAGAGUGGGAGGGGUGGUGUUAGCUUUGUGUGGUUCAGUGUAAACCAGAAAAGUCAGAACGUUAAGGGGUCUUUUUAUCGGCAAUACAGCCUAUCUCUGGUUUAAAGGGGCUAUUAACGUAGGAAGGAUUUUGUUAUUGAAUAGUCUCAAGUAUUAAAGCAGCAGGUAGAAAAUGGGUCCAGAAGACACUCACUACCCCACUGCUACAUGCAAAAUAUAGCUUUUAAUUCAAGAGGGACUGAAACUGGUCUGUUAGCAUCCCUGAUCACAAUCACGUUAAAGAUGCUGCAAUAACCUGGGGAUGUAUUCUUCAGGUGUAUAAAUAAAAGCUUAGGUGCUGCUGUUUCUGGUAAUCUUUUCACAGGAUUCCAUAUUCUGUCUUUUUAUGUUUUAUCUGUCAGUAAUGGUGGAGUUUAGCAAGUAUAAUCAAAUUUGAAUGUAGGGCUGCCAGGAGAUAGACACCAUAAAUAUUAGAUCAGUUUAGGCCUGGAUCAGUCUAAAUGUUAGAUAACUAACAUUCAGACUGAUCCCAGGGCAAAGGUCUGAAUGUUUUUGCACUGUUGAAGUACUGUAUAGAAUGAUCUUGAGUGGAACAUGCUAAACAUGUCCAGUUUUUUGUAGAUACCUAGACAGAUUUUGCUUAUUUAGAGAUUUCUACUUGCAUACCUUUAGUGCUGUUUUGGUUUAGUAUUAUCGUGACCGUCUAAAGGUAAUGUAUGUUAGAUGGGAAUAUUGACAAAGAGAUGGUAUAAGCUAUGAAACCUUAGACAGAUUUCUUUAGGAAAAAACGGAAAAGAAAAAUAGCUUUACACUGCAAAAAAAAAAAAAGAUUUGCUUUGAUUGUGUUGUGUUUUAUU